AUGUUCCGCGUCGAGCAACGCUACGUCAUUGUGCUAGCCACGUUCUUGGCUACGUUUACAGCAUACGUAGAACGCGUGGGCUUCUCAAUUGCUUUCACAGACCUUGCCAAGGAGGCCGGCAUUGAUGAAACGGUCAAGGGAACCGUACUGUCCGCAUUUUACUGGGGUUAUGCGCUGUCUCAAAUCCCCGGUGGCUGGGCUGCGCAGCAGUAUGGAGGCCGCUUGAUGCUGCUGCUCUGCUUUGCCUGCUGGUCCGCCGCAUCCAUCUUCACCCCCACUAAUGCCCGCCACGCCUCUGCCAUCAUCCUGGCCCGCGUCGCCGUCGGCGUGGCGCAAGGCUUCCUCAUCCCAGCCGUCCACACAGUCCUUUCGCAAUGGAUCCCACCCCACGAGCGUGCUCGUGCCGUGUCCCUAACCACUUCCGGCAUGUAUCUUGGCUCCGCCAGCGCCAUGCUUGUGUUGCCCUGGCUCGCCACUCUCUUUGGGGCCGCCUCCCUGCUCAAAGUCGUCGGCGGCCUGGGCAUUGCCUGGAUGGCGCUCUGGCUGCUGGUCGGCCGCGACAUCCCCCACCGUGAAACUGUCAUUCCGCUCUCCACUCUUGACCAUACUCGCCCCGGUGGCGGUGGCGGCGGCUACAAAGGCCGCCCAGGACCCACACCAUAUCGCCGCAUGAUGUCAAGCCCCGCAGUUUGGGCCAUCGUCAUCAACAACUUCUCCUUCCAUUACGCGUUCUACGUCAUCAUGAACUGGCUACCGACCUACUUCAACCACAUUCUCAAAGUCGAGCUCAACAGCCUUGGCGGCGCUAAGACAGUGCCGUACCUCGUCAUGUUCCUGAUGUCCAACGUUGGCGGUUGGGCGGGCGACUGGCUCAUCUUGAAGCGGCGCAACAGCACUGCUACAGCACGUAAGACCGUCAACACCAUUGGCUUUUUAGCAUCCGCCGCCGCGCUCAUGCUUAUGCCCGGUGCUGGGAAGUACGGCGUGUCGUACGGCGUCGUUGUGACGACGCUGACGUUGGGCUGUCUGGGUUUCAGCCGAGGCGGCUUUUCAGUCAACCACAUGGACAUUGCUCCGAAGUAUGCGGGCAUGGUAAUGGGUAUUUCCAAUACGGCAGGCACCGUGUCGGGGGUCAUUGGCGUUGCCGUCACAGGACACAUUUUGGAUCUGUACGGCGGAGCGGAUAACGUGCAGGGCUGGUACACCGCACACGCCGUGUCGGCGGCGAUCUGCGUCCAAGCGAUGCUGGUGUUCAACGUAUUCGCCCGGGGUGAACGUCUCUUUGAUUGA